UUUGAAUCCUUCUUCAAGAGCGAGCGUUUCAGGUUCCGAAGGCUCUUUCUUCUCCGCUCUCUCGUUCUCGUCGUGUUCAUCGUUUUUUCCUCUUCGGAAAUCCAUCAGCAGAUUGAAGAUGGCAGAUGGUGAAGAUAUCCAGCCUCUUGUCUGUGAUAAUGGAACUGGAAUGGUCAAGGCUGGGUUUGCGGGUGACGAUGCUCCAAGAGCUGUUUUUCCCAGCAUUGUAGGCCGUCCACGCCACACGGGUGUGAUGGUUGGAAUGGGCCAAAAGGAUGCAUACGUUGGUGACGAGGCUCAGUCUAAGCGUGGCAUCUUGACUCUUAAAUACCCAAUUGAGCAUGGUAUUGUCAACAACUGGGAUGACAUGGAGAAGAUAUGGCAUCACACUUUCUACAAUGAGCUUCGUGUUGCACCUGAAGAACACCCAGUGCUUCUCACAGAAGCGCCUCUCAAUCCAAAGGCCAACCGUGAGAAGAUGACCCAGAUCAUGUUUGAGACUUUCAAUACCCCAGCCAUGUAUGUGGCCAUCCAGGCUGUUCUCUCCCUGUAUGCCAGUGGCCGUACAACUGGAAUUGUGUUGGACUCUGGAGAUGGUGUCAGCCACACGGUUCCCAUCUACGAAGGUUAUGCUCUUCCACACGCAAUCCUGCGUCUGGACCUCGCAGGACGUGACCUCACUGAUUACCUCAUGAAAAUCCUGACCGAACGUGGGUAUUCCUUCACCACCACGGCUGAACGCGAGAUUGUGAGAGACAUGAAAGAAAAGCUCGCCUAUAUCGCUCUAGACUACGAGCAAGAGCUGGAAACCGCAAACUCAGGCUCCUCGGUGGAGAAAAGCUUCGAGCUUCCGGAUGGACAGGUCAUCACCAUCGGGGCCGAGCGUUUCAGGUGCCCUGAAGUGCUGUUCCAGCCAUCGAUGAUCGGGAUGGAAGCUGCUGGAAUCCAUGAAACCACUUACAACUCGAUCAUGAAAUGUGAUGUGGAUAUAAGGAAGGAUUUGUAUGGGAACAUUGUGCUGAGUGGAGGAACCACCAUGUUCGGAGGAAUCGGUGACAGGAUGAGCAAAGAGAUCACGGCUUUGGCGCCGAGCAGCAUGAAGAUAAAGGUGGUGGCUCCGCCUGAGAGAAAGUACAGUGUCUGGAUCGGUGGCUCUAUUUUGGCUUCACUCAGCACUUUCCAGCAGAUGUGGAUUGCGAAAGCUGAGUACGAUGAAUCUGGACCGUCGAUCGUGCACAGGAAAUGCUUCUGAUCUUCUUUGAUAUCACAACAACGUCAAAAGAUUUCAGAAAGAGAGAAGAAAUUAACGACACAGUUUUUUGUUUGUUUGUUUUCAUAUAUUGCGUGUUUGUUUUUUAUUUUAUUUUUUCACUCGUUUUCUUAUGUAAUUUUGCUUCCAAAAGUUUUUUUCCUUGUCCAGUUCAUUCGGCGCCCUAUUUCACAGCUUCUCUAAUACAUUUAGUACAAUACAUACACCAUUUCCUUA